AUGGAGGCAACGCCGGCAGAGCUAGAAAGCUUGGCCCAUCUAGAUGACAGGCACCAGGCGCCGCCUCCGAAGAAAGACGUCGAGGUGACGAACUUGGUCAACCCAACCGCCGCGGAAGAGAACGACGCCCCUCGUUGGGACCCCAAGAACUGGCCUCUGACCAAGAAAUGGACAGCAACACUUCUCCUUUCGGCCUUCGCCUUCUUGCAGCCUCUCUCUGAGACCAUGCUUUCUCCGGUCGAGAAGAACAUUUCCAGAGAUCUCCACAUCAUACAUGCAUACGAUUGGCUGCUAGUCAAUUCCUUGAUCCUGAUUGGCAUCGGUCUGGCUCCGCUGAUACUGGCACCAAUGUCAGAGGUGUAUGGCCGGAAGCCCGUUCUCAUCAUUGGUAGCAUCAUCUUCGUCGUUUGGAAUACAGGAUGUGGAGCAGCGAGGACGUUGGGCCAGAUGCUAGCCUUCAGGCUACUCUCAGGUUUCGGAGCGUCAGUUGCUGACGCCCUCGCGGGCGGACUCAUGGGUGAUCUCUGGCGGGCCGAGGAGAGGGGAAAGGCAUUUGCCAUCUUCAUGGCUGCACCACUCAUGGGGCCUGCACUCGGUCCUAUCUGCGGCGCUUUCAUAUCCGAGGGAAUCGACUGGCGAUGGGUCUUCUGGAUCAUCUCCAUUGCUUCCGCUGUCACCAUCGCCCUCGCGAUCGUCUUCCUCCGCGAGACAUAUCUGCCGAAGCUCAAGGAAGUCCGCGCUCGCAAACAGUCAGAGUCGUCGGAUGGCGAGCAAACAGGAGACAAGCCAAAAGCGAAAGAGAAGUUCAUCAUGGACAUGCGCAUAAACCUGCAGCGGCCACUGCGCAUGCUCGCCACCCAGGUCAUCAUACAGCUCUUGGCUGGCUACAUGGCCAUCCUCUACGGGACCAUGUUUCUUUUCCUGUUCAUGUACCCCACCAUGUGGACUCAGCAGUACAAUCAGUCCGUGAGGAUUGGAAGUCUCAACUACAUAUCCUUCGCGAUAGGACUCAUUAUCGGCGUCAACAUCGCUGGCCGACUCAGCGAUCGUGUCUACUCCCGAUUCAAGGCCCGCAACGGUGGCGUCGGCCGCCCCGAAUUUCGCAUUCCCACCAUGGCCAUCGGCACAGCUCUCGUCCCAAUUGGCCUGCUAUGGUGGGGAUGGUCCGGCCAACAGAAAGUACACUGGAUUGUGCCCAACCUGGGCAGCCUGGUGUUCGCCGCAGGUGUCUACAUGUGUUCCGGCAGCGUCUCUGUCUACACCAUCGAUGCCUACACGCAAUACGCCGCGUCCGCGGUGUCGACCAAUCUCGUGGCACGAAGCCUUUCUGCUGCUCUGUUCCCACUUUUCGCUCCUUACAUGUUCAACGCGCUGGGUUUUGGCCUCGGCGCAACGGCGCUGGCGGGAGGAUUUGCGGUCAUUGGUACUGCUGUUGUCGUGGUUCUGUGGUUCUACGGUGACAGGCUCAGGGCUCGCAGCCCUUACUGCGCUGCUGAGCGGGAGGAUUAG